AUGCACCAUCACAGGUCAGACACCGACGUGGCAUUGCCGCUGAUCACUCUCCCUUUGCGGCGGCGCGCAUCGUUCUCGCGUCCGCACAAGUUGGCCACAGUGACGUUGGCCCUAUGCUUGUUGGUUGGUGCGAUGGGGCUCUCCUUGAACGUCAGCGUCCUCCAGCAACCAUGGGGACCUAUUCACCCCAGUACUGCAAACGACAGGGUUCACCACGCCGAUGAAAUCGCACAGCUGCACCAAAACAUCACAAAUGGUCGGUCCAACAACUCGACCAACCGCAGCACACCCACAGCCCUGGCUCUACCGACCCCCAAGGCCACCGUAUUUACAACUCCCGCGCCCACCACCACCACUCCACAGCCGCCGACGCCUAAAUCCACCACGAUGAUCCCUGGGUUUGUCCCCCGUAAACUCCGGUUUCUCACGCUGGCCGACAACCCCCGGCCUGACAUUUGCCUCUUGGCGGCAUCCGUGUUUGCGUACGAGUCGAGCUCCGUCUUGAACGUGCUCGGGUGGAAUUACAGCUCGACAUUCUUCGACGGCACGACGUGUGGCCAAGGGUGCGCUGACAAGCGCGACGGUAAGCAGUACCGCCACGGCCAGCAAAAAAAGCUGCACUGGCUAUCGCACUACUUUGAAAAGAACCCCGAGCUCCACGACGACGACCUCGUGCUGUUCACGGACGCGUGGGACGUGGUUGUGCAAGACGACCCCCAAAAGUUGACUCAGCUGUUCCUUCAGAAGACAAAGCUCAAGCGCGGCGUGAUCUUCAACGGCGAGCCAUCGUGCGGCGACUCGUUCGGCAACGGCGGCAACUACGGCAACCAACUACGACAGAAGAAGUGGACGAUCCAGCUGACUGUAGACCAGAAGCCUCGGGUCAUUGCAGGACACAACAUGUGCUCUGCGGUCGCGGCCAAGACGGCGUCCACUGACGCUGCGCCAGGACCCAAUUGGAGCUUGGGGUCGGGAGGGUUUCUCGGCGACGUGCGCAGCAUCCGCGCGUUCUUGCGACGGAUCACGGAAAUCCGCGUCGCCCAAGAGAAGGACUUUUUUCGACUGGCCAACCCAAGUGCGUUCGCGGGCAACCCAAGGUUUGGCCAGCCACUGCGCCAGUCGUUUCUGUUUGAAGGCGACCAAAUUCUGUUUCAAAUUGCAUACUUAAAGUACCCCGAGGUGAACGUGCUUGUGGACACAGCCGCCGACAUCUUCUUUGUCAUGUCGUACCUGAUUGGCUCCGAGGAUUUUGACGAGUUUGGCGGGAGCGGGUCGUCGGGGUGCACGUCGCUGUACUUUCACGACCAAGUGCCGUCCAAGUUCACAUGGAACGACGUCCAGCCCGUGUUUUUCCACUUCCCAGGCGACUUCAAGCCCAUGUUUCCCCGCUGUGCGAACGCCACAGCUAAAUACCGACGGGCGCCGAACCCGGGCAAGUACUUCUACGACGUCGACCGCCAGCACGACGUGGCGAUAUCGUCCAUUUGUCCAGACUAUUCCUAA